GCGAAACGCCCACUAUUUCUAUGGUAACACUACAGAACGUUACUCACAAAGCAGCAAUGGUGUAAUAAAGUCACAUUUGGGAAUGAUCUGAUGUUAUUCCACGAACUCUAAAGAUGACACAAUCCAUAGUGGUUCAAGUUGGUCAGUGCGGGAAUCAGGUGGGAUGCAGAUUCUGGGACCUCGCGCUCAGAGAACACGCGCACGUCAAUCAAAAGGGAGUUUACGAUGAGGCCUUAAGCAGCUUUUUUAGAAAUGUCGACCCAAGGAGAUCUGGUGGAGCAGACUCUACUGGGGGCAGGAUCACAGCUCUGAAGGCCAGGGCUGUGUUGGUGGAUAUGGAGGAGGGAGUCUUGGGCGAGAUUCUACAGGGGCCAUUGCGUCAGCUCUUCAGCAGCAAGCAACUCAUCAGUGAUGUCUCUGGUUCAGGGAACAACUGGGCUGUCGGGCACCACACAUACGGCUCGGCCUAUAGAGAGCAGAUUGUGGAUCAGGUCCGCAGGGCUGCAGAACACUGCGAUUGCCUUCAAUGCUUUUUUCUCAUUCACUCCAUGGGAGGAGGGACAGGAUCGGGUUUAGGUACAUUUGUGUUGAAGCUUCUAGAAGAGGAGUUCCCAGAGGUCUAUCGGAUAGUUACCUCUGUCUACCCGAUGGCAGAAGAUGAUGUCAUCACCUCUCCUUACAACAGUGUCCUGGCCAUGAAAGAACUCACCGAGCAUGCAGACUGUGUCCUGCCUGUCGAUAACCAGUCUCUGGUGGAUAUUGUUAGUAAGAUACAGCAUAUGUCCCACACUGGCAAACUUGGCAGUGUCAUCAAGAAGGAAUCAACCAUAAUUUCUGGGCAGGGAGGGAUGGUGAAGGUCGAGAAGCCCUUUGAUGCCAUGAACAACAUUGUGGCCAACCUACUUCUUAAUAUUACCAGCUCAGCACGGUUCGAGGGCUCUCUCAACAUGGACCUAAAUGAGAUAGCCAUGAACCUGGUGCCUUUCCCACAGUUACACUACCUGGUGUCCAGUCUCACUCCCCUCUACACACUCGCAGAUGUCAACAUACAACCACGCAGGCUCAAUCAGAUGUUCUCAGAUGCAUUCAGUAAGGACCAUCAGCUGAUCAGAGCUGACCCCAAACACAACCUGUAUCUGGCCUGUGCUCUCAUGGUGCGAGGGAAUGUUCAGCUGUCUGAUCUGCGCGGGAACAUUGAACGGCUAAGGCCCACGCUGCCAUUUGUCCCAUGGAAUCAGGAAGGAUGGAAGACCAGCCUGUGUUCUGUCCCUCCUGUUGGUCACACCCACUCCCUGCUGGCCCUGGCCAACAACACUUGUGUCAAGUCCACAUUUAGUGAACUACGGGAGCGUUUUGUGAAGCUCUACCGCAGGAAGGCUCACCUGCAUCACUAUCUCUCAGUGGAUGGCAUGGAGUCAGCUGGAUUCAGUGAGGCGCUGUCAUCUCUCUCAGAUCUUAUCGAGGACUACACGCACCUGGAAAGCCCUAUCAUGCCCAAUGCCCCUAGACUUACCAUUGCAACCUGACUUGAAACUAAAAUGAAUAUGGCUAUGAAAGCAGCUUUUUGCGAGAAAGUGGCGUUCCUGCUUGCAUGCACCUUAUAAGCAGCUUACCCUUUACUCCCAUAUACAUACGACUCCGUCAGUAAGCAGCUUUCUUCACAGCCAUGUAAUUACCCCGUGAUGCUUGGGUAAAUGACAAACAACAUGGCAUGCAUUUGCUUCACUUUAUUUCCACAUAUUCCAGAGUUGUUGCAGUGUUUGAUUCCUUGUUCUAUUGCGACCUGCAGCGAAAUUGCGCUGCAAUAAUGGGGUUUCCCUCUCACAUAAAACUCUGGGAUUCCCCCAAUAUAGAAGCGCAUGUUCACGAAUGUGUGGGGCAGGCGAUAUUUUAUAUUGGUAUGUAUAAAUGGCUUGUAGUUUGUAUGUGUAUGUGCAUUUCCCUCUGUACUCCCAGAAAUGUUAAAUACUUUCCACUGUGUUGAUUGCAAUGCAGUGUUCCAGUCAUUGUAAAAUUAGAAAAAUUCCUUAAUGUCCUGGAAAUUAAUAAUUUAUCCUGGGAAAUUAUUAGUUAUUAAUAUUAGCGUAAUACAACUGUUUGCUUGUGUCACUGGCAAGGUUACAUGUAUUGAUGUAGUGCAAUUUUUUUUUUUUUCAUUCCAACCCUGCUGUAGUGUUAAAUACAAAACCAUUCGAGUUGUACAUUUAAAGACAACGACGAUACUCGAACUAAAGAUUUUCGAUUUUUGGAAAUUGUUUCACACCAAGGUGGUAGCGUGGUGAUGCAGCCUUUACACCUCGGUAUGUAAAUUAAAUGUAAAUUAUAGAUUUUCAAUCAUUCAACAUUGUAGUCUUAUACAUCACUGAAUACAGUCAUAAAAAUUGCAUUAGCUAUCAAAUGUGGAAUGUCAUGGAAUUUGACAUGUUUGGGAUGAAAAUGCAUAAUUUC